AAUGGAUUUUUUAAGAAGUAAUUUAUUCGAUGUAAAUGUCACUUCAAAUGGUCGUGCGGUUGUGUCGUCAAAAACAAUAAACGUCAAAUCGGUAGUAGUGUAGGUAGGAUUAAGGUUAGAUCUUUUGUUUGUUUUCGUUAGCCCAGUUUAUGGUGAAUUUUGUGCGGGCGAAGUUCAGGCAAUUCCGGAGGAAGACGAAAAUGAGUUUUGCUUACAGCGAGCUUCCAUGGGGCGUCAGGUUUUUAAACAGGGUUACCGGGAUUUUCUGUUCCAAAUUACAUUUCAACAAGGAGUUAUGUUACAAGGCCAGUGUUGUAUUUUUGACCUACGUGGGGUAUACGUGUUAUCAUAUGUCCAGGAAGCCCAUCUCGGUAGUGAAAACUGUAUUACAUAGGAAUUGUAGCACAUUAACUCCGCCUACCGCGGACGAACCCGACAAUUGGUGCGACUGGGCGCCUUUUAAUGGAUCCGAUGCAACCGCGUCUCAAAUGUUGGGCGAACUUGAUUCAGCGUUCCUCUUCUGUUAUGCUAUAGCGAUGUUUGUCUCGGGAUUUGUUGCAGAACGAGUGAACUUGAGAUAUUUUCUCGGUAUCGGUAUGGUAAUGUCUGGCAUUUUUAGUUACCUAUUUGGUAUUGGCAAGACUUACGACAUUCACAACUUGUGGUAUUAUGUGGUCGUACAGGCUUUAGCUGGUAUUUUCCAAACCACCGGCUGGCCGGGGGUGGUAACAGUCAUGAGUAAUUGGUUUGGUAAGAGCAAGCGGGGCCUAAUAUUUGGUUUGUGGAAUUCCCAUACAAGUAUAGGGAAUAUACUAGGUACUGUAAUAGCGGCGAACUAUGUGGAAACAGACUGGGCGUUGUCUUUUAUCGUCCCUGGAUUAAUUAUGGGGCUGGCUGGAUUUAUGUUGUUUUCGUUUUUGGUCGUAAACCCCGGCGACGUGGGACUCGGCACCGCCGAAAUCCGGAUAGACUCUGCAAGAGUUUACAGGCCCCUAAACAGCCAAAUCGCCAACGCGGGAUCUCCCUCGACGUCGAGCUCGGAGGUGGACGAUUCUGAAAUAGUGAUCGGAGACCAGGAAGUGCAGCGUCGCGGUGUCUCGGAACGUUCUCGACUCCUCGGCGAAUCCAGCGGCGACAGCGGCCGAAACCAGGCGAUCGGUUUUGUCGGCGCCCUCCGCAUACCAGGAGUCGUGGAGUUCUCCCUGUCGCUCUUCUUCUCCAAAUUGGUCAGCUACACUGUCCUCUAUUGGCUUCCGUUGUACGUCAGCACUUCCACAACGAUGAGUGCCACCUCGAGCGCGGACUUUUCGACCCUGUUCGACGUCGGCGCGGUGGUGGGGGCGGUGGUGGCGGGCGUAAUCAGUGACAAGAGCGACAUGCCCGCUACUACGUGCGUGUGCAUGCUGGCGCUGGCCGCCCCCGCGAUAAUCGCGUAUCAGAAUCUGGGCGGCGCAGGUAUCGGAGUAAAUAUGUUGAUGCUGCUGGUGGUGGGGGUGUUGGUCAACGGUCCCUACGCGUUGAUCACGACCGCCGUUUCGGCGGAUUUGGGCACCCAUCACUGUCUGGAGGGCAACUCGAAAGCGUUGGCCACGGUCACCGCCAUCAUCGACGGUACCGGAUCCAUAGGUGCGGCGGUGGGUCCCCUGCUAGCUGGUUUCCUCUCGAGCCACGGCUGGCACACCGUUUUCUACAUGCUGAUGUUGUCGGACGUGUGCGCUUUAAUCCUGCUACUGCGGUUGGUGAAGCGCGAGCUGGUCGCUUUCGGGGCGCGGCGGACAUUCGUCUGGAGGGGUUUUUCCGCCGCCCACGAGAGAGAGUGUUAAGCAUUUUGUUACCUUCCGAACUAGGUUUAUGCCUAUGGUGAUUUUUCUAUAGUAUUGUUUACAGAUCGCUGCUACCUCUGUAUAUAAAUAUUGUAAAUUGUUUUAUUCGCGUGAAAAGACAGGCCCGGGCGACAUUCCUUAAAGAACGCGGGACGUUCUCAUCACCCGCGCGGGUGAGAAACCUAAAACGCGCAUUCGGUUUACUUGUAAUAUAGCAGAAAUUACAAUUUAUAUUUUACCGAUGGCACCUAUUAUUUAUCCCACGGCAGACAUUAUUUAGUAACCGACUAGUUUCCUUACACUCUAUAAACUCCUUAGUGAAUCCGAGGCUUCAAUAUUGAUUUAACUGCGCAACUGUAGUUUUAGUGCAGAAAUCAAUGUUCACGCGCAUGAAUUACUAAGUCAAAUUAAUUUUCCCCACCGUUAUUGAACUAUAAAGCUUAGUGAUCUAUCUCAGUUGCAAAAUUACGAUUGUCGAGGCAGUGGCAGGUAGUAUCUGUGCCUGUCAGUAGCAAACUAACCAAAACACCACUUUUAAAAUGAAGGAAAUCUUUUUCUAGGAGGGAAUAAAGACAGCGGAUUAUGAAAAAUGGAGCAAGUGUGCUCGAAAUAAAGGAAAGAAUGUGAGAACCUGAUAGCAGGAAACAAAUUUAUAAAAUGUGUGUUUUAAUGAACCCGUCUUGCCUAAGAGUAUUCAAGGAAAGCCUUACAGUGCUAAAUAAAUUUAUUAUUAUAUAUAUGAGGGGGUACCCAUAAAAAACCGGAAUUGAAUUGCCGCGCGCAGAGCUUGAAUAGUACACCUUUCUGCCGCUAGGUUGCGGAUAGUACAACUUAUUGCGAGUUCAACGCCACCUUCGUUUUAAAUUUAACUUGUUUUAACCGUUUUUUUCGAUGGCAAGUUUAAAAGAACAACGUGCAGCUGUGAAAUUUUGUUUUCUGCUCGGUAAAAGUGCUGCUGAAACUGUUUCAAUGUUAAAAACAGCUUAUAAAGACGAUGCGAUGGGAAAAACUCAAGUGUACCAGUGGUUUGUUCGCUUCAAAAAUGGCGACGAGUCAACUAAUGACCGACCUCGUUCUGGACGUCCAUCAACUGCUCGAAUCGGCGAAAAUAUUGAAAAUAUUCGAGAGUUUGUUCUCACAGUACGUCGACAGACAAUUGAACAAUUAUCAAAGAUUUGUUCCUCGUGUUCUGACUGACAUGCAAAAAGAACAUCUAGUUGAAACAUGUCGUGCUUUGAAUCAACAGCUUGAAACGGAUCCAGAUUUUGUUUCAAGGAUCAUUACUGGUGACGAGUCAUGGU